AUGACUUGGCUUGCAGGUGCUAAAGGUUCUCAGCCUGAGCAGAUCUCUGGAAUAUAUUGCAAUAAGUGCAAGCGGUUUACGUGCAUCGGAUGUCGAGGAAAGCCAAGGCUAGGGAAAAUAAGCUACUGUGCUCUUGAUGCAGUUGUUAAUAACUGCUGUCCACACGGGCGGCUCUUCGGAAGUUGGCUUCUGCUCUGCCGGUUCGAUGAAGUCGAAUUGCAGCAUAAGGCAGCCGAAGACUUGCAGAGACGCGGCCCGAAAGCUCCACUGGACAACGGAACUGGAUAUACUCCUGAGAGCGAGGCAACGGCGAGUAGAGUUUUGUUCAAGGAUAGCAAUAUAAAUUACAGCCAACAGAACGACUUAACCGACAUGGUAAUGACCGAGGUACUGCUUCUCCUAACAGCAUUUCUUCCCGUGAAUGGCUUGGGCUCCAGUUUCGAUAGGGAGCCACCAGCGGAGUUUUUCGCCCUAUUCCGGCUUAGUUUGUUAUUCGAUCGGGUUACUAUGUUGCUCCGAAACGAUUCGAUUAGUGAUAUGGCCAGAAGGUCGGAUCUUUACCAGGCUGCCUUAGCUUUUGUUACUGCUAUGGCGAAGCAUCCACGGUUGGUGCAUAUCCUCACCGAUAAACGCCCAGAGAAGAAGCGGAGCCCGGGUCUCAAGUCCCUUGGGGAGAAUUUCGAUAGCCAUGCCCUUGUGGUUGAUAUCUCUCCGAGUGGACUAGCCGGAUCUCUCUUGACGUAUUGUCACAACACAUUCAAGCAAGCGGAUGCAUUCGCUUGCCUCUCACACAAUGCGGCUAUGGCCAAGGGAAUUCAUAGCGACGAUAGCAAACAAACUAUUGCUAUAUUCAAAAGCAUAGUGGGAUUUAGGGACGCCGUUAAACAGACCGCACCUGAUGCCAUUCAGGACCCUGCCAAAACACCCAAAGACCCCUGGCAAGAGUUCACCGAGGCAAAACAGGUGACCUUCACAGACGAUGUGUUGGUGAACCAUCGACUGAGUCAUGAAUGGUGCAAAAUCCAAUCUCCACCUCCUGGUCGUAUGACAGGCCUCUGGAAAGAGAUCGCGUCGUGGACAACUUCACUGCCUCCUGGAAUUUUCGUCAAAGUAUCAGACUCAAGACCUGAUGUUAUGAAAAUCCUUAUAAUAGGGGUGCCUGGCUCUCCAUAUGCUGGCGGUCUCUUUAUCUUCGACAUGUAUCUUCCUCACAAUUGGCCAGCAGUACCUCCACAGAUGUACUUUGCCAUGAACCAAGGAUGUGGGCUGAUCCGUUUCUCGCUCAAUCCGAAUAUACACGAAGACGGAACAGUUUGUCUAAGUUUGCUGAAUACGUGGCAUGGCUCACCUGCCGAGAGGUGGCUACCGCAUAGGUCCACCCUGCUCUCUGUUUUUGUCAGCAUCCAAGCCAUGAUCCUCGGGGUUGCUAACCCAGCGGAAAACGAACCGUUACGAUCUUCUCUUGAUCCUGACCCUCAGCAGAUUGUUAAGUACGUUCAGGCCAAAACAGUCUACUAUGCCAUGUUGUACUGGCUCACCGCUGAAAACGUAAGCAAGAAUAUCUGGCGUGAUAUUAUCCAGAUGUAUUGGAUUUGCAAGGGCAAGGAGGUACUGGCCACAGUCCGCGAAUGGUCAAAAACGAACAAGUUGAUAUCCUCCUGGAAUACUAAGUCUGAUGUUAUUAACUUCCGUUGUUGGAACCGUACGGCGGAAGGCGUGAACUUACUGGAGAUGUUGGAGAAGAGCCUCUGGUCUUCCAGUGGUAGUCGUCGUGUGGAGCAGCCGACACCCAGAUAUAGAUAUUAG